AUGCCUGAAGUAGCCGAAGUUGCACAUGUAUGCGCUCAACUCCGGCGCCAUCUUGUUGGGCGAACAAUUACUGACGCAAUUUUGCCCCGAGACAAUCUUCUUUUUCCUCAAUUGACUAAGGAGGAGCCAAUUGCCAAAAGCACGGAUGCUUUUCGUGAUCUUAUCGUGGGAAGGAAAGUUGAGAAAGCAUGCCGUCACGGAAAGUAUUUUUGGUUACGAUUGUCGCCGUUGAAGAAGCAACCAGUGAUUAUUAUGAUGCAUUUGGGAAUGACCGGUAUGAUCAAGUUGAAAGAGAUCAAGUCUCACCUAAUUCUAAUGGAGAAUGGGGGAGACGUGAAAGUAAAAAAGCUGAUGUCAGAUGACAGAGACAAACACGUCAUUGUGAAAAGAAGAAAACUUAGGGCGUUUGCAAAUUCGAGCGAUGACACAAUUCUGGUGGCACAAAGCUUGGAGGGCCGGACUUUGACUGGAGUCAAAGUCUCGCAAGACACAGUUUUGAGACCUAAGGACAAAACGAGAAGAAAUGUUAAGGUUGAGGACAUUUUGCUAGUGGAUGUGAAGCAAGAACAGACGCCGCUGGAUGAGCUCGCCGACGAUGCAAAUGAAGAAGAUAUUGACGAUGUAUGGCCCCCAAAGUUUACAAAGUUUGAGCUCGUUUUCAGUUCUCACGACAAAGAGAAACCAAUUUAUGCAGCUUUUACAGACCCCAGAAGAUUGGGCCGUGUUCGCUUUUAUAAUGACGUGGAUUGUAUGACUGAAGAAUCUUUAAUGAAGCGAUUCCCACUUGACAAAUUGGGACCAGACUACUCCAAAGCUCCCGAUGGAUCUGAAGCUUCAAAAUUUGUUUUUGGAGACCCCGAUCCCUCUCCGCAUGGUCGCCCGCGUUUGGAUUUCGAGCAGUUCUCGAAACUCAUUCUUUCGCGGAAAAAGGUGGCCAAAACACUACUUCUCGACCAGGGUAUCUUUGCUGGCAUCGGUAACUGGGUUGCAGAUGAGGUUCUUUUCCAGGCUCGCAUUCAUCCUAAUGAGAUACUCCUGAAAAGUAUUGACACUGAGGAUCAUGAAGUGGUCAAAAGGCUUUAUGACGCAAUAAUCUAUGUGAUGGAAUUUGCUGUGAAUGUCGAGGGCGAUGCAAAGAAAUUUCCGGAGGAUUGGUUAAUGCUCCACCGCUGGGGUAAACGUAGAAAGGAGGCUGAUCCACAGACCAAAACAGGUCACUCCCUUGAGUUUGUCACUUUAGGCGGAAGAACAAGUUGUUUUGUUCCGAAACUUCAGAAACUAUUGAACGAUAGCUAA